AUGAAGCCUUCAAGCUUGACAGGUCUUGCGGGGGAGAAAACGCUGCAAUCCAGCUUCAUCCGGGACGAAGACGAGCGUCCCAAAGUGGCUUACAACCGUUUCAGCGACGAAAUUCCUGUGAUUUCAUUGAAGGGCAUCGACGAUGGGCGACGAAAAGGAAUUUGUGACGAAAUCGUGAAGGCUUGUGAAGAAUGGGGGAUAUUUCAGGUGGUGGAUCAUGGCGUUGAUGCUGAUUUGAUCGCCCAAAUGACGAGCCUUGCCACCGCGUUCUUCGCAUUGCCGCCGGAGGAAAAGCUCCGGUUUGAUAUGUCCGGUGGCAAGAAAGGAGGCUUUAUUGUGUCCAGCCACCUACAGGGCGAGGCGGUGCAAGAUUGGCGAGAAAUAUUCACAUAUUUUUCGUACCCAAAGCAAAAUAGGGACUAUUCAAGAUGGCCAGACAAGCCAGAAGGGUGGAGAGGUGUGACUGAGAAGUACAGUGAGAAGUUGAUGGAGGUUGCAAGCAAAUUGCUAGAGGUUUUAUCAGAGGCAAUGGGGUUAGAGAAGGGAACCUUGAGCAAGGCAUGUGUGGAUAUGGACCAAAAGAUUGUGGUGAAUUUCUAUCCAAAAUGCCCACAGCCUGACCUCACCUUAGGGCUAAAACGCCACACAGAUCCAGGGACCAUCACACUUCUGCUGCAAGAUCAAGUUGGGGGUCUCCAAGCUACUAAAGAUGGUGGCAAGACUUGGAUCACUGUCAAGCCCAUAAAUGGUGCCUUUGUUGUUAACCUUGGUGACCAUGGCCAUUUAUUGAGCAACGGAAGAUUCAAGAAUGCAGAUCAUCAGGCAGUGGUGAACUCAAAUAGCAGCCGGUUAUCGAUAGCGGCGUUCCAGAAUCCGGCGCCGGAGGCGAGUGUAUACCCAUUGAAAGUAAGGGAAGGCGAGAAGCCAAUAAUGGAAGAAGCAAUCACAUUUGCAGAGAUGUAUAGGAGGAAGAUGAGUAAAGACCUCGAGCUUGCCAGGCUAAAGAAGCAGAAAAUGGUGGGUAUUGGGAAACCCCACUUUGAAUCCAAGCCCAUUGACCAAAUUCUUGUCUAG